AUGUCCGCCAACAUUCCUCCUCCCUCCGCCGAUCAGGACUACAAGUCCACAUUGUUGCCGCUGCUGAUCUCGAACAAUGUCCUCUCCUUCGGCACCUACGUUCUCAAAUCUGGUCGCGAGUCCCCCUAUUUCUUCACUUCCUCGCUUCUUCACACUGCGCCGCUACUGCGCGCCACUUCCGCGGCCUACGCGAGUGUCCUGUCUGCCGAGCCCUUCGUCACCACCGGCGCCGACGGCACCACCAAGCCCAACUUUGAUAUCAUCUUCGGACCAGCUUACAAGGGUAUCCCGAUCUGUGCUGCGGUCACUAAUGAACUUGCCGUCCGUGACUCCCUCUCCGGUGCUCCCCAAGGCACCUGGGAUAACGUCAGCUAUUCUUUCAACCGCAAGGAAGCCAAGGCUCAUGGCGAGGGUGGAAACAUCGUGGGUGCUUCCCUGAAGGGCAAACGAAUUGUGAUUGUGGACGACGUCAUCACUGCUGGCACUGCUCUUCGUGAGGCCGUUGGUAUUAUUGAGAAGGAAGGCGGCAUCGUCGCCGGUGUGGUUGUCCUACUAGAUCGCGAGGAGCGGGUCAGCGAUUCUGAGUCCAAGAGCGCGAUUGGGGUUGCGCAGCGCGACCUUGGUGGCAAUAUCCCCAUCCGCGCUGUGAUUGGCCUUAACGACCUGAUUGAAAAGUUGGGUGACAAGAUUGGCGCCACUGAGAUCCAGCGAUUGAAGGAUUACCGGUCCCGCUAUGGUGCCCAGUAA